GACUGACUGAUAGACCUUCGCAAUAGUUGGUUACAAAACCUGACUUUAGUGUGCGCUUUGUAUAAAAUUCAUUCUGCAUUCAUUCAGUCGCACAUAACAGACCGGGUAACCGGGAAACCUGCUUUUAUUCGAAGGAGUGGGCCUAAUAACUCCAUCCAGUGCGUGCGACUUCCUUCCUGAACAGUGAAUAAGAAUAUACACUACUUGUAUUAUAUACAUAUGGUCACACUAUGUGGCUAUAGCGUUACCUUGACCUUUGUGCAUGGACAAGCUAUUCCCGGUAGAUGGCGGUAUUGGUUUCUUGAGCCAGUUACCGACAGGCUAAGUCGGCGGACAGUCUGUGCAGUAUGAUAUGAUCAGAGCUGCACUCAAAACGUUAGAAGUCAAAUGGAAAUCUUACCGCCACCGAUUUGUGCCGUGGAUAGCUGUAAACCUUCAGAGGAAUGAGAGAACUUUGCGCCAGGUGACUGCACGCUCAGAGGACAAGACUGUUCCAGACGUGGAGGUGUUUGCUAGCCUCGUGAAACUAUUCACUGCACUGAUGAAAAAUGACCCAAUCAAGCAAGAGGUGCUCAGCCUGAUCCAUACUUCAGUACAGUCAAUUUACCCACAAAACAGCUCUAAAACCCAAACAGACCCAGUUCGGGUGAUGCUUGAUACGCUGGGUUUCUGUAUCGAACGGGGGCCAAGCUCGCUUGCAGGAACAGGUGUCUUUGUGACCGAGGGCUCGGUGCCUAAAGGAGUCACAGUGGCCAUGUACCCAGGGACGAUUUAUCAGACAUACGAGCCCAUUCUUCUUCAGUCUUUUGGCAACCCUUUUAUAUUCAGAUGCAUAGAUGGAGUUUUGAUUGAUGGCAAUGACAAAGGAAUCUCUAAGAUUGUAUACAGGUCUUGCAGUGGGCGUGAUCGAAUGGGUCCACUGGCUCUGAGUGAUGUCUCCUGGCUGCAGACAGCCCAGAGAACCAACCCACUGGCAGUGGGGCAGUACGUCAAUAAUUGUUCCAAUGAAAAGGCAGCCAAUGUGUGCUAUCAAGAAUUUGAUGUACCAGAAGACAUUCCCCUAGAACUGCAUCAGUAUCUGCCUAAUGUGAACUACAGACACGACAUAAAGAGGCCCCUGAGAUGUGUGGUCCUCGUGUCCCUAAGAGAGAUUCACCGUGACGAAGAGCUGUUCUCCAACUACUACACCAUAGUGCAUUAAGUCAGACACAAUCUCACUGUCUCUUAUAUAUUUAAGACUUUUGCGACUGAGACAGAAACGAGAAUCGAUGCAUAAGAGAUGUUACACGUUUAUAGUUCGUGUGAAACACUAAAUUAGGAUGGAAAAAGACCAAUGUAAACAUACAAUAUCCAGAGCUUUAUUUCUGGAACUGUUCACCAGUUAUUUAGGUACAACAAAAAAUACAAAAAAAUUUGGAAAAACAGAUUCUAUGUACAAAUAUUAACAAUUAAAGUCUUUUGAAUAUUU